UAACCAAACAAUGCUUCUCUCUGAACUGCAACGCAAAUGCCCAGACUUAAUCUAUGCCAUAAUUUCACCCAAAGGUUUUAUUGUACUGAGAAAGCAGAAAGUCCCACUCCCAUUGAUGGGAUCACUGGUCACGUCUGUCCAGAGGGUCAUUACUGUCCUCCAGGAGCCACUCGACCUGUGCCAUGCCACUCUGGGACGUUUGUAACUGUCCCUCAAGCCUCUCAGUGCUGGGCCUGCACCGCUGGCUGGUACUGUGCUGAUGGAGGCCGGCUGCUGUGUCCAGCUGGAUUCUAUUGUCCUGAAGGCACAGGGUAUGACAUAAGGCCCUGUCCGGCAGGAACAUACAGUCCUGACUCUGGUUUGAUCAGCCUCUCUGAGUGUAGAGCAUGUGACGGAGGACACUACUGCUCUCUCCAGAACUCCAGCUCCGUCACGGGACAGUGUUCAGAAGGGUAUUACUGUGCACAAGGGAACAUCUCACCUCAACCUUACACACAGAACACAGGAGUUGGAGGACUUUGUCCUGUGGGUCACUUUUGCCCACAAGGCACUGCUCAACCUCAGCCUUGUCCAGAGGGCACAUUCAGUAACAGAACCAAACUGGUCAAAGUGUCACUCUUAUAA